AUGGCCUGGGCCCCUCUCCUCCUCGCCCUCCUUGCUCACAGCUCAGGGUCCGGGGUGCAGGCCGGGCUGACGCAGGAAGCCUCGCUGUCAGGGUCUCCGGGCGAGAAGGUCUCCCUGACCUGCAGGGGAGACAGCAACAAUGUGGGAGCAUACACUGUGGGCUGGUACCAGCAGGUCCCAGGUGGGGCCCCCAAAACGGUGAUGCUCGGAAGCUCCCGGCCCUCGGGGAUCCCGGGUCGGUUCUCUGGCUCCAAGUCUGGCAACACGGCCUCACUGGACAUCACAAGCCUGCAGCCCGAGGACACGGCAAUUUAUUUCUGUUCAGCCUGGGACAACGGCAUCAGCAGUCACACACCGCUCCACCCCCACGGGGAACUGAGACAAAAACCUGCCUGGUUCCCUGAUCGCCCAUGA